CAACAAGUCCAGGAAUCUUUACCGCUGCUCAAAUAGCCUCUGAGACUGCCUGCUUAGCCUCUACUUCCCUGGAGAUGCACAAUUGUGGUGCUUCAAUGGCUCUUCCGCCUUCAGAAACUUCAACUUCCAAGGGCAAGAGUCAAACAAAUGAAAUGAAAAUCUCAUCCACUGAACAAGAAGCUGGUGAAGCUCGCUCGCCUAAUAAUGGCCGCCUUCCUCCUACUCCUGCACCAUCAGUAAAUUGUAACGUUCUCAGCUACAAUGGAACGAGAACUGUCCCUGCAACUCGGGAGGCUUCUUUUAAGGCGAAAGAGGCGCACAAUUCUGUGGAUAUCAAACGCUCUAAGCAUCUUUACGUCAAGAUAAAAAAAUGCAGUGUACUAUUGACUCGCAUUCAUCUUUCUGAAAAUUACAAAUACGUUUGCGAUGAAGAAAAUGAAAAUAAUAUUUGCUUAGAAGAAAUAGCAUUUCUAGAGCCUCAUCCUAAGCAUAGGAGCGAAGAUUCAGAACGACCUAAAAUGCGCAGUGAAAAAGUGGGCAAAAUUGGAGGACCAAAUUCAAGUAAAGAAAAUAAGUUAAAUUUUUCUAAAAAGACUGACAGUCUGCGAAGGACAUCCCUCAAUCGAUCUAACCGUCUAAAUGCUUCUAUGAGGGAGGCAAUUUCUUCCGCAACCACCCACGUACGUCGUAACAAAGAGAAGACUCUCAAGUGUCAUGUCUGUGGCGCAGCUUUCCGCUUUAAAUGCAAGCUUGACCGACAUAUCAGCGCGGUUCAUCUUAUAUUGAGGCCCUACAAGUGCUCUAAGUGCGAUUAUGCCUCCAGUGAUGCUUCUCAUUUGCAAACCCAUUUAAACACAGCGCAUGCAAAGCUGAAGCAAUUCAAGUGCACAAUUUGUUACAUGAAUUUGUCCUCUCCCGCGUUGCUACAGCGCCACGUCUCUAAUGCCCAUUCUGCUGCUGCCAAGUUUCUAUUGGAUAGCCAUUUCGCCGACGCCAAUUCAAUGGUGAAACCUUACAAGUGUUCUGACUGUAGCUAUGCUGCUACAUCCAAGAAAUAUCUCAACUGCCACAUAAAAGCUGUGCAUCUGAAAAUAAAACCACAUAAAUGCGAUCUCUGUACUUAUGCUGCCGCGACUAGAACACAUCUUCUUCAUCACAUUGCAGUUGUCCAUCAGAAACUCAGGCGCUACAAAUGUCAUGAAUGUGGUUACGCUGCCGCCGUGAAGAGUAUACUUACGCACCAUAUGAAAGCCGUUCACUUUAAACUAAAACAAUUCAGAUGCGAUGAGUGUGACGGUUACUUUUCUCAGAAAAGUAAUCUAAAAUCUCACAUUUCCAGGGUGCACCUCAAAGACAGACCGCACGCGUGUUCGCACUGUUCCUAUUCCGUGUGGUCGAAAGCAGGACUAGCUAUGCAUAUCGCUAUCGUUCACUUGAAGCUGAAGCCUCACAAGUGUCCUCAAUGUGACCACAGUUGCAGCAGUAAAAGGAAUCUUGACUAUCAUGUUAAUAGUGUUCAUUUAAAAUUACGACCUUACAAGUGCCAGACGUGCAAGCGCGGGUUCUACCAGAAAACUAAGCUAGAACAGCACAUGAAAUCGGUGCACAUGAACUUGAGGGAACACAAAUGUUCGCAGUGUGAUUACGCUGCAAGCUGUCACGGGAAUCUCAAGAAACAUGUUGAUGCGGUGCAUCUGAAAAUAAAGAAACACAAGUGCAGAGUUUGUGAGUACAGCGCCGUUAAGAAGUCUGGGCUUAUAAGCCAUAUUGCUCGUAAACACUGAAAGUCAAUUAGCUUCUCACACCGAGUAUAAUUUUUGCUUGAAAAGAUAUCUUUCCUACACCAUGUGUACGAAAUUAAUUCCCUUUCUUUCUUCUCAGCUGAAGGUAGCCAAAAUGCUAUACUUUUUUAGUCGUUACUUAUGUAUUUUGUAUUUAGUUAUUAUAUUACAUUUAGUGGAGGGCAGGCAAGUGGUGCUAUUCGGAUAUGGUUGUGGGGAAAAAUGUCAUCUGGGAGUAUUGAGUCCAGCUGAAAGGAACGACAUACUGUAGAGGGUGGGACUUGCUGGUAUUCUGCAUGGAGCAGCUGACAGGGGAGGGGGAGGUGGCUAUAGGUUGUUGUGGAUCUUGUAAAGCAUGGUAAGCCUAGCACGCCUUCUUCUGUCUCGCAACGUUGGCCAUGCCAGGUCACGGAGCUCGUUGUACACACUGGAAGCCCGGAGCAAAUAAUACGAGACUCACCGCGCUGCUCUACGCUGUACUUUUUCAAGAGUGGCAAUAUCGUCUGCUGCACGAGGAUCCCACACACAACUUACGUACUUCAGUAUGGGUCGCGCUAACGCUUUGUAGGCGGCUGCCUUGAUGGUACAGUUUGGGGUUCGCACUUCAGCUCCUUGGUGAGAGUGACUCCCCAAGCUACUUUACCUGGGUCUCCUCAAGCAAUAUGCUGGAGGAAACAAAAAUCACUGCUUCCUGUCACAAAGGAAAUUUUGUAUUGCGGCAUUAACCCUUCUGCCCAUACUCCAUAGUGGUGGAGUUUGCGGGUCAAGAGGCUGGUUAUCUAAAAUUAUUGUUUAAUCUGAGGCUGAGUCCAAGAUGACGCGUAAUGUACUUAUUGUAAUCAAAUAAACUUGUUUUAUCACAGUGCUAAUAAUUGCACAAAAGAGCUCAAUAAAAGCAACUUCUGCACCACUCA